AUGGAAGAGAUGAUGAAGCAAUUAAUUGCUAAUCAACAAAAGACGGAUUCUGACGUACAACGUAUGAGAAAUCAACUGGGACAGGUGCAAGCAAUGCAGAGUCAGAUGGCAAUAGCAAUCAACCUCCUGGAAUCCCAAGUUUAUGAAAAAUUGCCGUCUCAACUUGAACUACACCUGAAGAAUGUAAGUGUAAUGACCUUAAGGAGCGGGAAGGAAAUUCAGGGACUCGAACUCGUGAUCCCGAAGGAUAAAAAUGAAGAUCAAAUUGAAAAAGAGCUUGAGGAGGAAGGAAUGAGAAAUGCAAAUCCAAAGGUAAUUCCUGAUUCUAUAAUUAAAGUUGGAACUAACUCACCGCCUUUUUCAAGUAGGUUAGAGAAACCAAAGAAGCAAGAUAAAGAAAAGAAGAUUUUAGAGAUGUUUCGAAAGGUGGCAAUCAAUAUCCCUUUGUUAGACGCAAUCAAGCAAAUUGGACUUUCUAAGAUUAAAAAUGCCAUGCUAGAUUUAGGAACUUCAAUUAAUGUGAUGCAUAAAUUAAUCUAUGAUUCCCUAAAUUUAGGACCUUUAAAUGAAACAGGGAUAAUAAUUCAAUUGGCUGAUUGUACAUUUACUUAUCUGAAUGGGGUAGUUGAGGAUGUUUUAGUGCAAGUAGAUGGAUUAUUUUUUCCUACUGAUUUUUAUGUGCUUUACAUGGAUGAUGGAAGUGCCCCAAAUCCAUCACCCAUUAUAUUAGAAAGGUCAUUCUUGAGUACUGCCCAAACUAAGAUUGAUGUUAGUAAGGGUACUCUCACAAUGGAAUUUGAUGAAGAAAUAGUCCACUUUAAUAUUUUUGAUACAAUGAAACAUCCUGUUAACUCUUACUCUGUGUUUGCUAUUCAUGUUAUUAAUCCUUCUGUACAAGAAUUUUCUGAGUUUGCUUGUAGGGAUAAAUUCAAAGUUGCUGCGAACAACUAUCAGGGAAUGAAAGCAGUUUAUGAAGUGAAAAUGAAUAGAAAAUUAAGAAAGAAGGCUGCACUCAAUGGCUAUUUGGAUCCCGGAGGAGGGCCACCGAUUACAAGAAAAUUUGAAUUACAUCCAGAUUUGAAGAGUGGUGUUUAA